UCAUUUUGACUUUCAGGGUUUGGUUUUUAAAUUGGAUGGAUGGUUCCAAAACACAGAUUCUUAUUUCAAUUCAAAAUAAGCCAGUCCUUGGUCCCUUACCACAGCAGAACCAAUGGACAUCUUGAAGGUCCUCUUCCACUUCUUCAUAUUUUUUCAUGUCACAUAUGCAUCAGAUGACUGCAAAUAUUAUUCUUGGUGCAGUGACAAUAACAUCCUUAUUCGUUUCCCCUUUCAAAUAGAAGGUCACCAACAUCCUUAUUGCGGCGGCUAUCCUGGUUUCAAAUUAACUUGCACCAAUGAUAGCAAAACAGUUAUUAAACUUCCAUACACGGGAAAGUUCAUUGUCCGCAACAUCAACUACCUCAGACAACAGAUACAAGUCUAUGACCCUGAUAAUUGCCUUCCAAAACGUCUUCUAAGCCUCAAUCUUUCAGGCUCUCCCUUUGUUGCUGCUUCACUCCGCAACUACACCUUCUUAAGAUGCCCAACUCGGAACGCAGGGUCACAAUUCAUUCCCAUUGACUGUCUUAGCAAUUCUACAUCUUUCGUAUCAGCUAUUCUUUCAGUGAACUUGCCCAAUCCAUUGCCCGAGUCUUGCCAUGUUAUUAAGAAGCUCACAUUUCCAGUUUCAAGGCCGGGACCAUAUGAGGAGAUUUUCAGAGAUGACCUUAGUGGAGAUCUUCGAUUAACAUGGCAUGCACCUGACUGUAGAUAUUGUGAAUCACAAGAGGCCUUGUGCGGAUUUGAGAGCAUAAACAGUGAUCAAGUUCGUUGUUUCUUUGAUUACCAAACAGCUCCUCCACAACAUGGUCUUCGAGUAUUUGGAAUCAUCACAUCAUCUAUUGUGGGACCAGCUAUCAUCUUUGUCAUUGCAAUUGCAUGCUACGCGUCCUUAAAGUACAGAAGAGGCAAUACAGCCAGAAUUGCUGCUGCACAGAGGUCGGAACCAAGUGCAAUAUCACCCCAACCUUCCAUUGCUACGAUGGGCUUGGAUGAUUCUACAAUCGAGUCUUAUCAGAAACUUGUACUAGGGGAAAGCCGACGAGUGCCUGGACCCAAUGACGGAUGUUGCACCAUAUGCUUGUCAGAGUAUAAAACCAAAGACACAAUCAGAUGCAUUCCUGAGUGUGCACAUUGUUUCCAUGCCGAAUGCAUAGAUGAAUGGCUUCGCAUGAAUAGCACAUGCCCCGUUUGCCGCAACUCCCCCUCCCAUCCUUCUACUGCUCAAGUUAUGGCCAGUGAUCCUUGAUUGGUUAUGGGUUUAUCCAUUAAGCAGAAAACCACAAAUCUGGGUCAGAAAUCCAGCUGCUCUCAUUGUUUGUUUGUCACACUUCGGAGGCUUAGUUAGUGAUAUGUGUCAUCAUUGGGAUGUCUUUAAUGUUAAACGGUUGUCAACUUAUUAUAUAGCAUGGAUUGUAAUAAUAAUAAAUAGUUGGAUAAAUUAGGAACAAUAAUAUCCGGCCAUUGAUGAUACUCGUCAUUAUCUCAUAAUACAAUACCAAAAAGAAAAGUUGGAAUUGUU